UGGUGAAAGUGAUAGGCCAUAUUUAAAAAAACCGAGAUCACGCUUCCAGAAUGUACACUACUCUAAGUGAUUCUCAUGGAAUGAUGUCCGAUGAAGAAACUUUUGAAUAUUUUCUCGAUUGUGAUAUGAGUAAAUAUGUGUACGAACAAACACAUAAAAAAAAUCCUGCAAGAUUUCCUACUUACAAAGUGAUACAAAAAAUGAAAGCGAUAUGUUCUCCUCCGCUGGAUUCCAUCGAAAAAACGGCAACAAAAAUACAGGUUAGAAUACAAUCGCUAAUGCAACAUACUGUAGAACGAAUAGUGAAAUCAUUGAAACACGAAAUCAAUCAAUAUAUGGAUGAAAAUAACCAGGACUUCGUCGAAAUGGUCCUUUUAAGUAGUUGGGGUAUGGACGGAUCUACGGGAUACUCGCAAUACCAUCAAUCAUUCCCAGGUACGAAUCAACAAGAUGAUUCAGAUGUAUUUUCAGUGACAACGACUCCAAUACAUUUGUAUUUACUAAGUAAUCGUAAACAUAUUUUCUGGUACAACUUGACCCCACAAAGUAUUCGUUAUUGCAGACCAAUUAUGCUAGAGUUUGUGAAGGAAUCGAAGCAAGUUGUGAUCGAUUGCAAAAACACUAUAAAGAGAGAACUAAGUGAAUUAGUUCCAGUUAAGAUCGAUUUGGAGCAGGAGAAAUAUGUUUUGGUUGACUUCGAUUUUGUCAUGAGCAAGGUGGAUGGUAUUGAAGAUAGUAAAGGAAGCGUACUUGAAGAGAAAACAGCUUAUACAGAAAAGGCUUUAUGA